UGCACGGGAAAAAGAAAAAAAAGAGAUGCCGAAAUAUUUUUUUCGCCUGGCAGUUUCUCUUCAGCUGCAUUAGGCUUGUCAGGCAGUAUAUUAGAUACCUCCGCGUGGAGUUGAAAAGGUCCUUUUCAGUCGACGGCGCAGCCGCCUCUAUGAGGCCCUCUUUUCCGCCACCGUUGUUGCCGGUACGGGAUGAGUGCGUGGAGCUAUCACCACUGAGAGUAUCUGGACACGAAACUACUGCUUUGUCGGGGAUGGGGGCGUCUGGGGGAUCAGGAGUUGGAGGGAUUUCGUUUCUCUCCGAGCGGCUACGAUUGCCUAUCUGCUGUCUGGGUGUCUUCGUGUGUUACUUCUGGUACGGCGUCCUGCAGGAGACAAUUACAAGAGGCAAAUAUGGGGAAGGAGCAAAGCAGGAGAAAUUCAGAUAUGCUUUGUCUUUAGUCUUUAUUCAGUGUGCGAUAAAUGCCAUUUUCGCUAAGCUGAUGAUCCAGUUUUUUGAUGCUGUCAAGGUGGACCGGACUCGGAAUUGGCUCUACGCAGCUUGCUCUCUCUCAUAUCUAGGAGCAAUGGUGUCCAGUAACUCAGCACUUCAGUUUGUCAACUACCCAACUCAGGUCCUUGGGAAGUCCUGUAAACCCAUUCCAGUUAUGCUCCUGGGAGUGACAGUGUUGAGAAAGAAGUAUCCAUUGUCCAAAUAUUUCUGCGUCUUACUGAUUGUUACAGGUGUAGCCCUGUUCAUGUACAAGCCAAAAAAUGUAGGAAGUAUUGGGGAUGAACAUGUUUUCGGAUAUGGGGAACUUCUGUUGUUGCUGUCUUUGACGCUGGAUGGUUUAACUGGGGUGUCUCAAGACCAUAUGAGAGCUCACUACCAGACUGGUUCCAAUCAUAUGAUGUUAAAUGUUAAUCUAUGGUCCACUUUGUUCCUGGGUGCUGGUAUUUUCUUUACAGGUGAGCUUUGGGAAUUUUUGAGUUUCACUGAGCGUUAUCCUACCAUCAUCUAUAAUAUCCUUCUCUUUGGCCUAACCAGUGCUUUAGGUCAGACUUUCAUUUUCAUGACUGUGGUCUAUUUUGGGCCUCUGACCUGCUCUAUUAUCACCACAACUCGCAAGUUCUUCACCAUUUUGGCUUCAGUCAUUCUAUUUGCCAAUCCUAUCAGUAAUUUACAGUGGAUGGGCACCACCCUGGUAUUCCUUGGACUUGGCCUAGAUGCCAAAUUUGGGAAAGCAUCAAAGAAAACUUCACACUAAGAAGAUUUUAGUGUUUUUCUUGAAACCCUUAAGCAUAAAGAACUAUUAACUUAUUGUCUUAUUUCCCACUACUGGUAAUUUGGCUCAGGAUGAAUGCUUGGGGAAAGGGGACAGGAUAGUAAUGGGAUUGUUUUUAUUAAAAAUGUGUUUAAUUUUUUUUAAUGGUAGCUUUAUUUUAGUAAAAAUCAAAGAAGUAGCUUUUCCAUUUCUACUGAGGCAUCAAAACUGUAAUUAAUGGAUGGCAAAAAAAAAAUUAUUGGUGGAAUAGGACGAAUGCUUCAUGUGAAAUAAAAGGAGGGACGAGAGAAAAAUCUGUACGUUUAUGUGUUAAAUUUACUUUUCAUGUCUUGUGCCUCAAUGGGAUAGAAGGUAUUACAGUAUUUAUUUAGUUUUUUGUUUAUACAAUAAUUGUAUACUGCCUAUCCUAGAGACUCAGAACAGUUAACAGUACGGUAACCAUAAAUAUCCAUCUUAGGAUAAAACAGUCUUCACAGACCAACCAAUCUUCUUUUGUGUCUAGAUCAAACUUUUGAUUGGCAGAAUGAAGCCACCUUCUUGGCUUUGUCAUUGGUCAAAAAUAAGUCAUUAUCAGUAUGUUUCUGGUAGUAGCUGACAUACCAGCAGAUGGGCUGGGCUCUGUGUCUCUCCACAUUUACACCCUUGAUGUUGUUAUCCACUAAGGGUGGAUAACUUGAGCAUAUUGGUCCAACCAAACCAAUCAAAACCCUAUAGACAUACUAUAAAAUAAAACAUAAUAAGAUGAAUUAAAAUUAAGCACUGUGAGUCUACCAGCAAGAGGUGUUCUAUGUAAGUUUGUAGCACAGCUUAUGAUAAAGUAGAGCACUGAAACUACCGUAUUUUCCGGCGUAUAAGACGACUUCCUAAACCAUGCAAAUCUCCGAAGUUGGGGGUCGUCUUAUACGCUGAGUCGUCUUAUAGGCUGGAAAAUACAGUACUUCACGGAAAAGCUCUGUCCCUCCAGAAGACAGUUGAGGUAGCUAUCCAAUAUUACAUUCACAUGUAAUGCUAAAUUGAUAAUUUAAAAACUGGUUUAUAGAACAAUCAAUCCAUCAUGGCUUUAUAAAUCAUAAUAGAUUAAUUUCUAUAUCACAGUAUACAAAAAGCAAACAAAUAAUGUUAUGCUUUAGCCUUUUUUUGGGUAUGUCUGGUGGAGUUUUCUUCCUAGAUAAACAUGCUCAGCUUCAGACUGGCUUACUUAAAUCUGAAGAGGGUAGAAGUACCAGAAAAUUCAGUUGUUUGCUGCCUUGUGGCCCUGAGCAAUUGGAUAUCUUUCAAGUUCAUCUCCUGUUUAGGAAUAGUGGGGACUUCCCAGUCUAUACUCAAACAACCAGACAUCAGCAUUUUUCAGAAAGUGGUCACCAUUACACAAUUUUGCGCAUGUUAUUAACACCCCCAUUUUUUUUUUACAAAAUACAUUUUUAAAAAUGGCUGAGAUUUCAAUAAAAUUUUUAACAUGA